AUGAAGGGACUUAUUUUAGUUGGUGGUUACGGUACCAGAUUGAGACCUUUGACAUUGACAUUGCCAAAGCCAUUGGUUGAGUUCGCCAACAGACCAAUGAUCUUGCACCAAAUCGAAGCCUUGGCCCAAGCCGGUGUCACCGACAUUGUUUUGGCGGUCAACUACAGACCCGAGGUUAUGGUUUCCACUUUAAAGAAGUAUGAAGAAGAAUACGGUGUUUCCAUCACCUUCUCAGUGGAAGAAGAACCAUUGGGAACUGCUGGUCCUUUGAAGUUGGCUGAAAAGGUUUUGAAAAAGGAUAAGUCUCCUUUCUUCGUGUUGAACUCCGACGUGAUCUGUGAAUACCCAUUCAAGGACUUGGCCGACUUCCACACUGCUCACGGUGGUAUGGGUACCAUUGUUGCCACCAAGGUUGACGAACCAAGUAAGUACGGUGUCAUUGUCCACGACAGGGACAUCCCCAACUUGAUUGACAGAUUUGUGGAAAAGCCAGUCGAAUUUGUCGGGAACAGAAUCAAUGCCGGUUUGUACAUUUUGAACCCCGAGGUCAUUGAUUUGAUCGACAUGAAGCCAACUUCUAUCGAAAAGGAAACCUUCCCUAUUUUGGUUGAAAGAAAGCAAUUGUACUCUUACGAUUUAGAAGGUUUCUGGAUGGACGUUGGUCAACCAAAGGAUUUCUUGACCGGUACCGGUCUUUACUUGAACUCUUUAAGGAGAAGAUCACCCGAGAAAUUGGCUAAGGAAUCCUUCGUCAUGGGCAACGUUAUCAUCGACCCUACUGCCAAGAUUGAUCCUACUGCCUUGAUUGGCCCAGACGCAGUCAUUGGUCCUAACGUUGUUGUGGGUGAAGGUGCUAGAAUCCAAGGCUCGGUGUUGCUUGCCAAUUCCGAAGUCAAGGCUCACGCUUUGGUCAAAAGUACCAUUGUCGGCUGGAACUCGAGAAUCGGUAAGUGGGCCAGAACUGAAGGUGUUACCGUUUUGGGUGAUGACGUUGAAAUUAAGAAUGAAGUUUACGUUAACGGUGCUAAAGUCUUACCUCACAAGUCCAUUUCCUCCAAUGUGGAAACCCCUUCUAUCAUUAUGUAA